CAUCUCGAAGAAUUAUUUCAGCGAUACUCGUGCUCUGCGCAAAGAGGCGCAUCUCUUGAACCUGGCGGACCACCUUUUUCAAAGUCAAGACAAGAACAAAAGUGUCAAAUGCCAGAGCAAGGGAGUUGAUCGCAGUCGACACUGAUAAACAUGGGCGCCAAAGGUCGGCAGGACAGAGCGGACGCAUCGACAGUGGAACUGCUUGCACUUCUGCAGCAUAAAUCACACACGCUAACCAGAUAUAGCAGCCAACGCGCGCCACUAUCAAGAUUCCAGCGAACAAGAGGAUGGAUCGCCUUUUGCCAUUAAUAACAUAGACUCUUAUGGUGAAAAGCAAGCUCGUAGAUAGCCCGGUGAUUAUGCCACAUACACGCUGCACGUGAAGCAAAUCGUUAUAA